AUGGAGCCACCGUUCCCACCGGACGUCGCUCCGUUCACGCCCAUCUGGGGUCAAGAGAAUCCUUCGCCGAUGGUCCACUAUCCCGAGCUGAUGGCCGGAUUCCCGUGUGCAGAUUUGGCCAUCUGGCCAAGGCAGCAAGUAGGGAGCUUCGUGAGCCAACGGCUAUCGCCACGUGGCGCCCAUUCGGGCUCGUCGAGUUCGACGAAAAAGACACGCCGCCGAGUCGCUUCGAUGGCUCAGCGACGUGCGGCGAACAUCCGCGAACGCCGUCGGAUGUUUAACCUGAACGAAGCGUUCGACAAACUACGCCGCAAGGUGCCAACGUUCGCGUACGAAAAGCGUUUAUCGCGCAUCGAAACACUACGCUUGGCGAUCACCUACAUUGGCUUCAUGUCGGAGCUACUGACCGGUACACCGACCCACGAUGGACGCUCACCGGAACUCUACCCGACCCUAACAGGAAACUCUUCCGCUCACCAACACCAUCACCAUCACCACCAGCAGCAGCAGCAGCAACAGCAUCACCACCAGCACCACCAGCCCCACCAUCAUCAUCAUCAUGCGCAUCUUCAUCAUCAAUCGUCGGCACCGUCGGCAGCGGCGGCAGUGCAGCAGCAGCACCACCACGGCCACCAUCCACCGCCACCACCACCACCGUCAACGACGGGCUCUUCGUCGUCCGGAGUGCACCAUCUGCACCAUCCGUCGUUACAGCGGGCAGCCGUGGCGGCGGCCGCCGUUGCCGCUGCUGCCGCUUCUUCGUCUUCCGCGGCCACCAACGGCAGUGACUAUCUGGUCUCUGCGUACGGUGCGUCCGCGGUGGCACAUCAUGCUGGUUGA